AUGAGAAAAAAUAAACCAACAUAAUAAAUUAUUGUCAAUCGUGACAUUUCUCCUUUAAAAAAUAAUUAAGAUCCUGAAGAAACAGAAUAACUUCCUAUCAUUAAGUUUAAACCUGUUAGAAAACCAUCAAAAAAGAAUUUUGAGAUCAAAAAGAUUAGGGUUAAAGUAGUCAAUUCUGAAAAAAACUUUGUUAUUAAUAUAAAAUAAAGCAAAUUGAAUCCUAUAUAAAAGGAAGAAUCCCCUCCUUAAAGUGAAACUAGAUAAUCAUAAACUUAGAUUGAUUUGAAACCAAAAGAAGAUAAUAAUCGAUCAUUAUCAACAAUUAAAAAAUCAACACAUUUAAAAUUAGAGAUAGAAGAAACAUUAGAAGAUAAUUUAGAUUCAUAUGUUAAGCUUUACUAUUCUAUUAUCAAUUUGAUGGAUGCAAUGAGGAAAGUAAUAUUAUUUUAUUUUUAAAAGUCAAGGAUGUGAGUGAAUUAGUAGAUUCAAUUAAUAGAUUUUAGGAAGUAAUUGAUGGAGUUCAUUUUUAAGCAUUAGAGAACCUUUUGACUGAAAAUAGCAAGAAAUUUAGAUAAAUUUUAUUAUUAAUAAAAUUAGGAGUAAUUAAAAAUAAUAUUAUAAAUUUUAGAUAAUUGUUGUUGUAAAUAGCUUUUUUGAUUAACAUGUCUUUUAGACAAAUAAUGUAAAUUUUAGGAAUUUACUUAUCUAUAAUUUAUAAAAUUAUUUAUUUUUAGGAGAAUAUAUUAUUUAGAAAACAUAAAAAUAAGAAUUAGCUACAAUAAUUAUGCAAAAUAAAAAGUAUUUUGGUAGUAAAAAAAUAGAAUCAAAUACAUAAAUUAGAUAAAAUCUUGAAUUACUAUAAGGGUUAUAUAAGUUAUUAACUAAGUAAUCUAAAGAUCUUUAUUAAUUUUUAAAUUCAUUUUUUAGAUUAAUUCCUAAUUUAAAGAUAGUAGAAAGUAAUUUAAUGCUCUAAAAUUUUAUAUCUCUAUAUUUUACUAUUUAAUAAGGUUAUCAUGGAUUAUUGGGUAUUCCAUUAAUAAGUGUAGCUCAUAAACCUUAUCUUCCUAAUGAAGUUACUCAUGAUUUCACUCUUGUAUUAGACAUGGAUGAAACUUUAAUUCAUUUUGUUGAAUAAACUAAGAACUUUUUAGUAAGACCAUAUGCAGAGUAAUUUCUAUAAGAAAUGAGUAAAUAUUAUGAGAUUGCUAUAUUCACUGCUGGAUUACCAGAUUAUGCAAAUUGGGUUCUUGAUUAAGUUGUUUUUAAUAAAUAUAUCUAAUAUAGAUUAUAUCGAUAACAUGCUAUGUAAUAUCAAAAACACUUUAUAAAAGACUUAUCUAGAUUAGGUAGAAAUAUGGCUAAAUGCAUAAUAAUUGAUAAUAUUGCAGCAAAUUAUCAACAUUAAGAAGAAAAUGGGAUUUAAAUAAAGACUUGGUAUAAUGACCCUGAUGAUAAGGAAUUACUUAAAUUAAGUGUUUUUUUAAGAAAAAUAGCCGAAGAAAAUUGUGAAGAUGUUAGGGAUGCUCUUAAAUAAUAUAAAAAUGCUUAAGUAAAUUGA